AUGAUGGAGCACGACCAUGCUCUUGCAGAGGUAGUAGAAUUACAGCGUCAAGUGCAACAGACAUCGAGGGAAACCUCAGGAGGUGCCAUACUCUCAGAUGACCCAUGUGAUAUACUUCCAGAGGCUGAGUCAGACGAGACACGCAUACGGAGAGAGACAGAUACCAGAGUCAGGGCAGUUUCAUCUGGGGAGGCGGUGAUCCAACACAACACCAACGAAACUGAGCCUCUUAGUGAAACACCACUGUUUGGCACGGAUUCUGCGACCCAGUCCUUUCUUGCUGCCAUGGAUAGCCCAGUUCCGACAGAGCUAGCGAUCUCAGCUGAGCAUGCUUGGGUAAGUAUGGGUGAAAUACUUGGUUCUGAUCCUCAUAUGUGA